GAAAUACGUACGACAGGUCGAUUAUAGUUGAUGGAGAAGAGGCGUCUCUCGUGGUGUUCGAUAUAUGGGAGCAGGAUGACAGCCAGUGGCUUCAGAACCACUGUAUGAAGAUGGGAGAUGCCUAUAUUAUUGUAUAUUCAGUGACAGACAAAGUCAGCUUUGAAAAGGCCUCUGAGCUAAGAAUCCAGCUAAGAAGAGCAAGGCAAACAGAAGACAUUCCUAUUAUUCUUGUGGGCAAUAAAAGCGACCUGGUCAGAUCCCGGGAAGUCUCGGUUGAUGAGGGACGGGCCUGUGCUGUUGUGUUUGACUGCAAAUUCAUCGAGACCUCAGCUGCUCUUCAUCAUAAUGUCAAGGACCUGUUUGAAGGUAUUGUUCGACAAAUUAGACUUCGCAAAGACAGUAAGGAAGACAACGCUCGGAGAAUGGCCAACACAAAAAGAAGAGAAAGCAUAGGCAAAAAGGCAAAGCGAUUCCUGGGGAGAAUUGUGGCAAAGAACAACAAGAAGAUGGCUUUCAAAGCAAAAUCAAAGUCUUGCCAUGACCUAUCUGUGCUUUAGGAGGUUUCAGCAAGGCCAGCUUGUUGCAUGUGGGUGAUGAACAAGCAAUUGACUGUUCAAGAACUGUACAGAUGAUCCUUAUGGUGAUAACAAGAAUGACUUACAGUUGAGACUCUGUUAAUGCCUUAAGGUGUGCAAGCAAGUCUGGAAGUUACAGUACAGUGUCUGCUUCAUUGAUAAAUGGUUUAAGUUCCAAUUUGUGCAAGCGAAUGAACUAACUUUAAGUGGCUUGACAUGCCCACAUUUUCACUGUGUAUAUAUGUUAUAUAUCUUCUUGUCCUGUGGAUACCAGAGAUGUAAAGAUAAGAAGGGAUGAUAAGUAUCACCAUAGAUGUGUCUCGUUUGCAGAGCAAAACUUCAACUUGUACGCAGGCUCGUACACUCUUUUUAGUAUAAAGCAAGCAAUGAUAAAUCUUUUUAAACUGAAAUUUGGGGAUGGUGGAGUAGAACCACAACCACAUUAGAAUGUGACAAAAAUUAUAUUUAAAUACAGAACAGAUACCAUUUUAUGACGUUAAUUUGCACUUACAUUAACCAUUCUUCAAUUAAUUUGUUACUUGUUUACAUGUAAAUUUUAUAAUAAAGUAUUAUUUCCUGUUAU